UCUGAUAGAAGUGGACGCUACUACGCGUUUGAGAAGAUUUUUUUUUUUUUUUUUGAAAGUUGUGUGACUCAAUUGAUUAUAAAAUAGUGGAACGCAUUGGAAAGUGUUGGGCUGUGUGAUAUGUGAUUUAAAUGUUUGUUAUUACUUUUCAACCAUGCAUAGUAUAACACAAAAGUUAAGAAACGUUUUCUCGUGGCAACAUGACACCUACGAAUUUGAGAGUUAUCAAGCUGUGACAGCGAUGAGCAGCGAAAAUAUGCAGACUAAUCAAGAUCAAAGUUCCACUGCCGUACCGAAAAAGGGAAAACUAUUCAAGCCGAAGUCAACACAACCAAAAGUUCCACGAGGCGCAGUGUCAAAAAUUUCCAAAGACAAGCAAAAAUUAAACCAAAUCCUAGUUACAAGAAACCCGUCUGUAUCAUCGGCACAAUUGAACGCCGCAGUUCCUUUAGUCAACAUUCGCCGAGUACCGUCGAACAAAUCAGUUUUAUCAGAGCUUCAGACGGACUCGAGCAAAGCUUCUACAUUAGCCAGUUCCAAUCGGGUGACUUCCUUGUACAGCAACGUCACCGUUCGUAAUAAAACGAAAAAUCCAACUAGAUCCGCCGUCUCGGCUGCCAUCACCAGUAGAUCGGAAAGCUCCAGCCCGGCUAGACCGAAUAGCCAUCAGAGGGGACUGUUUUCCAUCAAUCGAGCUUUGCCGAAAGUGCCAGCUACUUCCGGCUCACGUCCGCCAUCAGGUGGCAGCACCAAGCAACCACUAACUAACACCACCAAAAGCUCAGCGGAUGCUGUGAGUCCGAGGAUACAGCGACAAGCCAUUACUCGAAAAGCGCCUCCUGUGCCCGGUGUAGUAAGUACAACCGACAGCAAAAGCCCCCGAAAAGUAAGAGAGAAACCGCCACCAGACGAUGAACCGGUUUACGCCACAAUAAGUCGACGUACUCCGACAUCGAUUCGCAGACAACCGGUGCUUUCGACAUUCGGAAAAGCCAGAGGUCAAGGUCCCUCGGGAUCGAAACAUUCUUCCCAAUCGACGAACAACAUCGCGUCCACGAAUGGCGGCUCCAUUAAGGGUGCGUCGUCCGUAUCGAGUCUAGACUGCGUUGGAAUUGCGGCCGUUCCACCGAAGUCAACCGCCAAGCAUAACCGAGCCCUGCACGGAUCCAAAGACAAACUAGACCAAUACGGAUCCAACAGUCAACCGUUUCAAGCCAAAGGCUCGCGGGAAAAGCUUGCCGAUCUGAAACAUUUCGGUAAGGAGCCCAAAGCUGCUGGAAUCCGCGGUAUUUCGACGAAAACCGGCAAUCAAAUGCCCAUCGUCCAACCGCAGCCUCCGGUUCACCAGCAUCACCAGUUGGAGCAGUUCCAAGGAGCGGGACAGCUGCCACGAGCCGGUAGUCGCAGUGAAUUGGAUCAACGCGAUGACGAUGCCUAUUCCAGUGCCACCGAGGAGAUUGUAAUUUCCAAGGACCUGACAGCAAUCAGCUUCGGUGGGCCAAUGGAGGACCUCAAAGGCAACAGGAUGCAGGAAUUACAUUCGCAUCUGGAGAGACUAAGGCAGGAGAAUGCGGAUUUGGAGGAAAAAGUCGUCGCAAUGUCGGUCUAUCAGAAAGAAGUUCAAGCGCUCCGGGAUGAAAUUGUCAAACUACAAACAUCGCAAGAAAUGAGCAAUAGUGAACUGCAUCGGUUGCUCGAUGAAAAUGAAACUCUCAGGGACCGGCUUAAAACCGUUGUGCAAUCACCCUUGUCAGACUCCGAGAAGCAGCAGAUCAUACGAGACUCCCAAAGGCUUCACAGCUCUGCGCCGGCGUCCAUAGCGUUACCAAAUAACAUGGAUAUGGAGGGUACUCCAUGUGUCACACCUGACUGGGAUAAACAAUCGUCGAGUAGUGAGAUUGCUGUUGCUUGUCUACAAGAUAAAAUAACGCAGAUGGAGGAAACUCAUUAUUCCACCAACGAAGAACUCCAAGCAACCCUGCAAGAGCUAGCCGACUUGCAGUCGCAAAUCAACGAGCUUCAAACCGACAACGAACGGUUAGCGGAGGAGAAGGACGUCAUUUUCCAGUCCCUCUGUAGACAAACCGAGAAACUAGAGGACUCUCGUACCCAAAUCGGUACCCUGCAAAAACUGCUGCUGCGAGAGCCCAACCAACAGGACGGAGGUUCUACAGAACGGGAGCAAAAGCUGGUGGAAUUGCUGAAAAAUGCCCAAGAAGAACGGGAAAGCCUUAUGCUGAAACAGGAAGAACUGAACUCUGAGCUUAACGAACUUAAAGUGGCCUUGGAAGACACAACCAAUGAGAAAUUAAGACUGCAUGAAAGAAUCGGAGUCCUAGAGUCUACCAUCGAUGCAACUAAUGCCGAAAGAACUGAAAUAGAUGCGCAGCUACUGCAGUCCAAGGAAGACAGCUCAGUGAAACAAAUAGAAAUUAGUCGACUGACCACGUUGCUGGAGAAUGCGCGGGCUAAGAUCGAGGAACUGGAACAAGACCGUGCCUUGGGCGAUAAGUCCGACCUGGGCGAACUACUCGAUACCGCUCGGAAGGAAAAGGAUGCCCUGGAAAUUCAAGUUGCAUCCCUUCAGGAGCAAGUCUCCAUCAGCCAGUGUGAAAUACAAAAACUGAAAGAUCAGUUGGCUCGGAUGAGCGAAGAAUGCAAGGUUGUACGAAACAAUGCCAAAUGUGUGAUCUCCGAUCUCGAGUACAAGCACGAAAAUAUAAAACAGGAGAAAGUCAAAAUUGCUAGUGAUUGCCAGCAACUGCAGGAGAAUGUCAGUGAGUUACAGGUUCAGAACAAGUGUCUCAACGAAGACAAAGCCCAGCUGGAGGCGCUGCUGUCGGAAACGCAGCGCCAUCUGGGCGACACCGAGCGAUUGCUUGCGGAAAAGACUGAUGAACUAAACCAAGAGAUUAACUUAAGAAGGCAGGAAAGCGAAGAGUGGGACCGGUUCCAAUCGGACCUGCUGAUGACCGUUCGGGUGGCCAAUGAUUUCAAAACCGAGGCACAUAACGCGCGAGAGCAGCUCGCGCUCGAUAACAAAGCGCUCCGCGAGCGAAUACGCAUCAUGGAGCAGCAAGUUGAGAAGCUCAAUAAACCUAUUGGUGUAGAAGUAGUUGAUACAAAUGCGGAUUGCAUGUCACUUAGUUAUGAGAAAUUAAACGACCUAAAACAGGGGUUAUCCGCAUCCAUCGAUAAUCUUAACACGUACGAUCGGAAUGUGGACGAGUUCUCCAAUCAUGUAAAAAUUCUUCGGGAACAGAUGAACUCGUUUUCGUUUUCGGCUGCACUUGAUCCAAAAAAUCAAACGAAUGACGAAAAACAACGGAUAUCUGAAGGAGGUGAAGAUCAUGCUUCUCCAGUUAACAAUGCGAGAUGCAUUGACGUGGAUGCUCUACCACCACUACCACAUUCAAAACCUCCAAAAAUGUCUGUUCAUUUCAUGGACGAUGAUCAAAUCGAACACAUUGAACCAAUCACAAACGAUGCCAAUCGAUGUUCGUAUGAGAUAGAGGAAAUUAAUUAUCAAAAGAGAAACCAAAAAGGUCGAUAUGCUUCACCAGCACUUUUAGGCAAACAAUCAUACGACUUGUCUUCAACGAAUUCCUCGAGUGAAGCCGUAGAAUCGUCGGACGAGGACAGCUCUCCUGGACCAAUUUUCCGACCGAUUGCCAUUUCUAGAAGUAACGAAAAUCUAUCACAGCACAGUUUUCAACUAGUCAAACCCGUACCCUUGUUCGCAUCGAAAAGUAUUCAAGAUUUGAGAGGAGCCGGAGAGUACAAAAAGCAAAACUCCCUGGAACCAUUAUUUUAUUCGAAAAGCACCGACGACCUAAUACUUCCAGAUAUUGAUGGAAUGAAUAAGACCACCAAUCUAUCCAAGUUCAAAAAAUUCCGGUAUAGCCGAUCUAGUAGUACUAGUCUGAGCAAUCUAAACUUGAAGGAAGAUGAUCCGGAGUCGAUCUAUGCGAAUAUUGAAUUUUGUUCUACAGCUUCUGAGAAAUACGCCAGUAUUUCCAACAAGAAACCUAAGCCAUUACCAAGGAUGAAUAGUAUAGAUGAACUGAAUGUUGUUACUAGGGAUGCACCGCCAAGUAAAACGAAAACCUUAGUCUACGUAAUUGACAAAAAUACGAACGAGUUCGUGCUUACAGAAAAUCCACCAAAUAUCGUAGAACCCCCCAAACAAAUAGCUCCGAAGCCCAGAAAACCUAUCGAGAAUGUCAACGCCUAUGAUGACGCAAAACUGGAUCAGUUGAAGAGAACUUCGUUUGUUCUGAACAAACCUAACAAUACAAAACAAUUAGGUAGUGGACAAAAAUGGACUAAUCAAACUAAAAACAGUAUAGUCGCAUCUACCGAAUCACAUCAAUCCAUAUUCAACACCGUACAGCAGGAGAUGGCUGUAAGGAGGCAGCAGAAGUCCGCAAUCCAGCGGCAGGAUUCGCGCCUUUCAGUGAAAAGCCUUAUCGAAAGCAUCGAAAAUUCAGCGAAACAGGCCAAAGUUUCUGCCGAGUCGCGAUGUAGUUCUAGCUCUAGCAUAAAUAGCAUUCCAGCCGAUACAGUGGUUAAUCCCACGAUGGCAACCAGCAACGCAGUGACGAAAAAUGCCAACAAUCACAAUGGAAACGAAAGCAGCGCUGUGCUCCACUCGCCACUGAUAUCUUCAAUGACGGCAAAAAGUCCACUGCGCGAACAACAACAGCCCACAACUGUUAGCAAUAUUAGCAGUAAUCCCAAGAACAAUCCCACAGAUACAGUAUUGCUGAUUAAAACUCAAAAUCUCAUCGCAAACAGCAGCGGUAAUCUUGACAGUAGCAAUAAUAACAAUAGUAAUUACAGUAACAAUAACAUUAGUUGCAACAACAACAACAAAGUUUCCACCCUGAUCAGUAAUAGUUAUAAUCACUCCGGGAAAUUGUUCAAACAACAAGCCGAUGACCAUGUUACUGCAUCGAUACUGUCACACAAAACAAUGGACUACGUUCGGCGAAACAGCUAUGGCGACAUAAGUGACCGGAAGGACCCGCUCAAUGCCCUGGUCAAAAAUGGAGGCUCCAAGCGGAAUGCGUUGCUGAAGUGGUGUCAAAACAAGACUGUCGGCUACCGGAAUAUAGACAUAACAAACUUUAGUUCCUCGUGGAAUGAUGGUCUGGCGCUGUGUGCCAUCAUGCACUCCUAUCUGCCGGAUCGCAUCCCGUACGACAAGCUGAGUCCAAACGAUAAACGACGCAACUUUAGCUUGGCUUUCGCAGCAGCCGAAAGCGUCGGUAUACCGACAUCUUUGAGUAUCGACGACAUGUGCCAGUUGGAGCGACCAGACUGGCAGCAAGUGAUGGGCUACGUGACGGCAAUUUAUAAACAUUUCGAAACAUGAAGAGAGCUAUUCGACAUGGUAAACGACGACAGCUUCACAAACAAUGAAGAACAGACCAGGCAAUUACUAUUUUCUAUGACUUCCAGUUUCACGCAUACCUGUGUGUGAGUGUUUAUUUUAAUCGCGUUACUAUACCGUUAUUUAUUACAAAAGCAUACAUUAGCUGCUGCAUUGUUGAUGAUUACCUGAUCAUAACUCGAAAUACAAUACAAUUUUGACAAUA